AUGUGGUAACCUGGCACUGGCCGUGCGUAAUAUGCACGUGGACCUGGAGCGGCUCCAGACGAUCAUGGGGGAGGGGGGCAUAUGUUUUUGUAAACGUAAUAAACAUACUUGUGUAUUAUUUGUAUAUAUUGUGUAUUAUUUAUGUGCAGCAGAUAUGAUUAUAUAAAAUAUUAUUGUUUAAAUAAUUACAUAAUUAAAUAAUUAAACAUACAUAAAUAAUUAAAUCAAAUUCGCUAAAGAAAGAUCUCUUGGCCUUUGAGGGGGGGAUGCUCCCUUCUGGAUCCGUCAGUGACGUUAACAUCAAUAGUUAUGUUUGUGCUCUCAAAGAAGAAUAUUUUCAUAUUCUUCCACAGUCCACUCGCCAAAAUAUCCCCAGAAGAACUAUGUUUUCAUGUUGCUUAGUAUUACAUGCAGAUAUCGUUGUGCAAUAUAUUUUGUUUGUAGUAUACAUAUAAUGGCGGCGCCCAUUUCUUAGCAGUGCUUCCCGGGACGAUGCAGAACAUUCAGUUCGUUACGUGAAAACAAGAAUGACAAAAAGUGAUGUACGCAGCAGCUACGCACUUAAUUUCCCUCAAUUCUCAAACGUAUUAGGUUCCUGUGAAAUCCGAAGCUUCCUUGCAUGAAUGAACGUAACGAUUGCACUCACCAUGUUUUGGGUUCCAGUGAGACGGAUCUGUCACUGGGGACCGCUCACAGCUUUAGGUAUUAUUAAAUGUGUCACAUUUAUGACAGUUCAUUGUAGUAGUAUGUGGUGGCCACCAACUGAUACUAUUGGUGGUUGUCUCAAUUCUGGGAUAUUCUUAGUAUUCAGUCUUCUGACUCUUUACAAUUUUCUCAAUGCAAUAUUCGAGGGUCCUGGAUACUUGCCUCUACAUUGGAGACCGGAAAAAGAAGAAGCAGAAGAAUUCCUACAAUACUGUAACACAUGCGAGGGAUAUAAAGCUCCUCGCUCUCAUCACUGUCGCAAAUGCAAACGAUGUGUAAUGAAAAUGGAUCAUCACUGUCCAUGGAUCAACAAUUGUGUGGGUCACCUAAAUCACACACAUUUCACUCUCUUCCUCUUUUUUGCUGUUUGUGGCUGCCUGCAAGCAAGUGUGGUUCUCUCAUGCUCUCUGUAUCGUGCCAUUAAUCGUGUGUGGUAUCUGUAUUAUGGAACUGGCCAUGAGCCUAUUGUCUACCUCAGUAUGUCCACACUUGCCUUUUGUGUAUUCUGUUUGGGACUUUCCAUUGGAGUGGUGCUGGCAGUUGGCAUGUUACUUUACUUCCAGAUGAGAGCUAUUUUAAGAAACCAGACUGGUAUAGAAGACUGGAUUGUUGAGAAAGCAAAACAUCGUCGUCUAGGCUCUGACUCAGUUUUCAUUUAUCCUUACAAUCUUGGAUGGAAAAAGAAUUUUAUUCAGGUUAUCAACCUCUCUUGUACUCCUGCUGGUGAUGGUAUUGAGUGGCCAGUUCGUGCAGGUUGCGAUCAAUACAGCCUUACAAGGGAACAGCAGGAACAAAAAGCAGAAAAACGAGUUCGAGCUCGACCAUAUCAAGCCAUAUCAGAUUACUCAGGAUCAUGGGUCCCCAUUACCCAGGGUUGGAGAGUGUUGUGUCAUCCUCCAUUUACUGAUGAACCACGCAUUCGUCUUCAUCGUGGUGAUAAUGUAAUGGUUACACGAUGGAGGAGAUACUGGUUGUUUGGAGAAAGAUUGCUUAAUGAUGAAACAGCUCCUCGGCAGAGGGGUUGGUUUCCUCGCCGCUGUGUUGUAGAAGUAGAUGGAGGAUCUGGUGAACCAGUCCCUGAUCGUAAACGCAAAUGAUGCUUUGCUCAAAGGACAGAGAAGGGGCAGUGUGUAGAAACUUGGAUUUAGCCACACUAAUGCACAGGAUACAAUCAAUGGACAUUGCCACUGCCCUGUUCAGCAAAGCUGACUCUGCCGAAUUAUCCCACCAGAAGAAUCAUUUCCAGCUAUGCACAAAUGUUUCCCCUACUACUUAAUUAGUGUCUAUGAAGACAAUUUACAUUAUUGCAAAAAGUGACGUACUCCUAAUACAGUCUUCUGAAAGUGUUUUAACAUUUACAGUGUACUUGCUCUUAGUAAUGUAGGAUGUGUUUGAGCUAGUACAUUCCAGUGUAUCAAUAUUGUGGUUAUAGAUUGCAAUGAGCCCUUGAAUUGUGCUCUUGUAGUUGACCAAUUUAUCAUGUUCACAACAAUUGUGAUCCUAGUCUCUUUUUGACACCAGAAUUGAUCCCAGUGCUGUAGUGCCUACACGAGCCAUAAUUUUACAUAGAGCUCAUAUUGAUUUAACUACGUUAAUCAAUAGUACAGUGGCUGGGUACUUAAAUAUAUUUUUAUAUAGGCUCUCUUAAAUAACGAGAGACUUGCAACUAGUCAACUGUGUUCUUUUGCUGUGUAUAUUUUUGCUUCCACUUGUUUAUCGUCGUCUUUGGCACAAGGUACAUAAAUAUUUAAACAUGUUUCUUUUAAUAAACGUCUAUAAUUUAUUUUCCUGCACUCAUAACCAUUAAAACAACUCCAAAUAUUUAACUUUGACCAUGAGCAAAUUUCAGAAUUCUUCAGUUUAAAAAUCUCUUAAAAUUAUUUAUUGAUGGUAGAAAAAUAUUUAGACACAAUUAAAGCUUUUAUAGUGAGAAAGAUAAUAUUCCACUCAUUAAAUUUCAGUCUAUAGCUUGUAAGAAUUUGGACAAUAGAAACCAAUUUAGAAACACAUUAUCUGUGCUAAAUUAUCAUCAUUUCUUUACCACUUCUGUAAUAAGAAUAAUGUUUGGUGCUGUUUUGUUUACAACGAGACCUUAUAUAAUUUUGUUGCUUGUAUAUACUUGGGUUUAUUCUGCUUCUACAAUUGGAAAUGGUUUGAAAGCAAAACCUCAGGAUAGGUUUAGUGACCAAUGAGGAAAUGAUUUAAAAUUGUUUCUUCAAAUAAUUUCAUACUUUUGUUUGUAUUUUUAAGAUACUUUUAUCUUGUAUUUGUAUUUUUUGUUCUAAUAUGUGAAUAAAUGUUAAUUAUUUUAUUAGUAUACACAUUAUAUUAAAAUAAGUUAUUUUACAA